AUGAAAAGGCAGAGAAUUACAUGGAACUCUCUCAAAUCUUCUUCUCAAUCCAAACCAAUCUCAGCAGAAGAAUUCUAUUUACCUGAUGAUUGCUGGGAAUCUAUCUUCAAAUUCCUCACCAACGGCGACCACAACCGUCGCAACUUGUUGAAGCCAUUUUUCUUCGCUUCUAAAUAUUUCCUCUCAAUCUCAAACCGUCGCAUAACCUCUUUCACUAUCUGCAACGCAACAAUCCCUUCCAUCCCGACUCUAUUCCAAAGGUUCCCCAACCUCACUUCCCUCGAGUUCAUAACCGCCCAAAGUAACCUUAACAACCUUCUCUGCCAAAUUUCUAAUUUCCCAUUCAAACUCAAAUCGCUCAAACUCUAUAGCAAUCCCAUCUUCCCUGCAGAAGGGUUACGAGCUUUGUCCGAAAAUAUUACAACUUUGACCUCUCUCACCUGUCGUCACAUUUCUGUUUUCCAUAACGAUCACUUCAUUGUUAUAUCCGAAUGUUUCCCUUUUCUUGAAGAACUUGAACUACAUAAUGACGAAAAACCUUUUCAUAGUAUUAAGGCUGGGGUGGAGGCAAUGGUAUCCGCGCUUCCUAAACUUCGCAAGAUUAGCCUCUCUGGUUUUGGUUUUUCGGAAUUUAACAAAAAAAUAAAUAAAAAAGUGAGCUUCUUGAAGACUUUGUGA